AUGAAGUAAGAUUACCCAGAAAACAAAUAUCAAGCUCUUUAUCUAAAAUAUCAACCUACAAAUUCAAACAAUUAUCGCCAUCAACUUAUUUGGUCACCUUAAACUGAGAAUAUGAACAGUGCAUUAAUUUUGUCUCAGAGAAUAUUCAAAGAGCAUAAGUAAAGUAUUGAUUGGAUCUAUUGAACCUUUAGAUAAGUUUUCAGUUAGAAAGGUUUCUAUCAUACAACCAAAACAAUAAUAAUAUAAAGAAGUAGAUUAUAAAAAGCAGAAGACAACCAUCAAUGAAACUAAAAGAUUUCAUAUGUAUAGCAAUUCAAAAAACAGUAAGAUUAAACAAUUAAAUUCUACUGCUAACAAUUCUUUCUAUUCUAAAAAAAGUGUAGAAAAACAAUAAUAAUCAUCUCCGGUCAAACCUAAGACUGCUAUAACUAGAGCUAAAUAAAUGUUACCUUAAUAAAUUUCUAUUGUUCCUAUGGACAUUCCAUUGGUGUCUGCAUAAAGUUGGUGUAUCAUUAAUGGAAAGAAUGGUUAAUUAAUUAAUGGUCAUAAUCAAUAUAAAAGCAGACAAAUGGCUUCAAUCACUAAAAUAAUGACUUGUUGGUUAGCACUCAAACUCACGUAGUAAUUUAAUUUAGACCUUGAUAAUACAUAUUUCACAGUACCUGAAAAAGUAGUUCAUAGCAUAAAUAUAGGCAGAAAGGAUUGGAGGAACAUCAGCUCAACUCUCAAGUGAUGAUAAACUCAGCAUUAGAGAUCUGCUCUAUGGUCUAAUGUUACCAUCUGGCAAUGAUGCUGCUAUCACCCUAUAAUAUAAUUUUGAACUUAAGAAAAGUUGUGACUUUAUUUUACAAAUGAAUCAAAAUGCCUUAGAUAUUGGAAUGGAAUCUACAUCCUAUGCUAAUCCUCAUGGUAUUUUAUUAUUUAACAAAAAAGGCUUGUAUCAUGAAACUAAUUAUUCUUCUGCUUAUGACAUUGGUAUCUUGACUUAUCAUGCUAUGUAAAAUCUACAAUUUGCAAGCAUUGUCAAAACAAAAAUCUAUUACAGUGAAAUAGAAGAUAAAUUUGGUGAAUCUAAAGAAAUUUUUUGGGAAAAUACAAAUAAAAUGUUAUACUAAGGAUUUAGAGGAGUUAAGACUGGUAUAACUAAAGAAGCUGGUCCAUGCGUUGUUGAAUACUAUGAAGACAAUUAAAAUUCUUUAAUUAUUGUACUUUUAAAUUGUAGAUCAGUUGAUCAUAGAUGGUAGGAUGCCUUCAAAUUAUUAGAUUGGGCUAGAUCAUGA